CGGGCUCCGCAUGUGUAGUAAACAGAAGGGCCGGCAUGUGCUGGACGUUAUAGGAUGGAAAUACUGGGCAGCACGUUUGAUGAUUCAGUCUUCGAGGAAUCUCGGAACAGGGUCUCAUCAGCGGUGCUGCCAGCAUACCAGCCGAAGUCCUGCGAGCCAGAGUGGUUUUGUCACUAUGAAAGAUUUGAAGACGAUCUGGACGAGCAGAAAACCAUGAAGUUUCGGGCAGACCUGAAAUACAGGAGAAAAGAGUAUCAGGGUGCUGUAGACGACUACAGGGCUUGCCUUUCGUUGGUGCCGAAUGGCAAUCUGUCUCUCAAAAGAGACGUCCUGGAGAGCAUCGCACGAUGCUACAGUCAUCUCGGGUUGAGAGAGCGAGCUCUGGAGACCUGUGAAAAGCUGAGGAAAGAGGCAACCAACACCUGUCACUUGACCUGCAUCCUUCAGCUAGAGCUGACCAUUCAUGAGGGGUGCAGAGAUCUAAAGAACAGCAUAUCUAACCUGCAGCACUUGUGUUCCAUUCACCCGUUCAAUCCAUGGCACUGGUUGAAACUGGCUACAAGCCACCAAAGCCUCCUGGAGUCCUCCACCUGCCUCGAGAAUCUGAAUCACAUUUUGGAGUCACAGGCCUUAAUUCAGCAGCAGGAAGAGAGAAAAAUGGCACGGUUAAAGGCCUCCAUGUGCUUCGUUAGAACAAGGCUGCUGAUUGAGAUACUGAGGACUCAACAGUUCUCCUUCGUGCUGGAGAAGAGCAAGAGAGCCUUAAAGGAAAUCGAGGAGUCUCUGCAGAGGCUGCAGCUGGAAGAGGAAACACUCAGAAUCAUCUCUGAGGUAAUGGCAGAAGAUCUGAACCCAGAGAAGAUGCGGGAGGAGAACCAGGAUGGUGAGAGUUUAUCAGGCCUUUCCAUCAAGGACUUUGAGGAGAGGUGGUGGAACAAACUACAUGCAUGCCUUCUAACAGAAGAGAAAACAGAUUUGUCCAGCAAUAAGGUAUAAGAGUGAAUAGGAACACAGAAGAUAUUACGGUAAAGAAAUGUAUUUAAACAGAUGUGUAUAGUAAUGCCAGUUUUAAUGAGUCUGUGUAGUGAAGAAUAAAAGUUUUUCUAUCUUUUAGGUUUUUUAAGAAUGGAAAUUUUAAACAUUCGUGACCUGUAAAUGUAUGUGAAAUGUAUUGAUAUAUAUUGCACUCGUACACUGUGGAAUUUUCGAGCUGAUGUCAUUACAGAUAUUAAAG